GCCGGUGCUGACAUGGACGUGGCCCUGGAUUUGGAGAACGCGCUGGCUGUUCUGGUGAGGGCGCCUGCGGCCGGACGCUGGCAGCUGCGCGUCUCCAGCGCUGACGGCAGCCACACCGUUCGUGCUACGGGUGUCAGCGAGGCUGGAUUUCGGCACGGCUUCUCGCGGCAGCCCAGUGACAGUUUGCGGCACACGCAUCGGACACCGCUCAGUGGCAGCCCUACGUACGUCCUGGUGAAUGGCACCGGCACCACGGUGCUCAAAGAACUCCACCUGGUCAACGUCCGAGGUGACCAGCUCGCUAAGCUGUCCCUUAACCCAGUGUCACGCCGAAUGACCCUCUACAACGCAAGCGGCACGUUCGUUCCUCCAGACGACUUCUUCUACCUCAAGGUUGUCGGCACGGACAACGCAGGCUACCCUGUAAACCGGCUCACUCCUACGGCAAUCAAGGCUGAGCCUCCAGACGUUCCAGAGGUGGCUACUCGCCAGAAGGUACUUGCCGCGGCCGGAGUGAACGUCACGCUUCGCUGCUCCCUUCGCUCACUGCUGCCCGCAGUGGUACAUUGGCUCAAGGAUGGCACUCCACUGGCUGGUCCACAGCGUUUCCGGAACACAUCUGCUGCUGCUACACAAAACGUAGUCACAUCUACACAGACGACACCGUAA